AUGCCCAAGGCCGGGGAGCAGCCGAGGAGCGGCGGCGGCAGCAGCUCGGAGAGCGGCCGCGAGGAGCAGGGCCCGCUGCGGCCCCCGAAAAGAAAGAAGGAAGCGYCCUCCAAGCUGGAGAAACGGCCGCGAGCCGAGGCCAGGCCUCGCAAGGCGGCCGCGCGGCCCCGGGGGAGGGAGGAGGAGGAGGAGGAGGAGAACAUGUUCCAGAUCGGGAAGAUGCGCUACGUGAGGGUGUCCUGCUUCAAGGGCAAGGUCCUCGUGGACAUCAGGGAGUUCUACGAGGACAAGGAGGGGGACACCAAGCCUGGCAGGAAAGGGAUUGCCCUGUCUGCGGAGCAGUGGAACCAGCUGAAGGCGAUCGUUCCUGACAUCGACGCUGCGGUCAAGAAGUUCUAACGUGAAGGAUCGCAGCUGCCUUUGCCUGCUCGCUCCCUCCUGAGGGGCACUGCAGAGCAUGACGCUCUUUCAGAUUUAUUUUUUAUUUCAGUUUUCCAUGUGAAUUCUUCCCCUCACCUAGCUGGGGUUUCCUCUUUGAGGUGCUGGAAAGGCCAGAGGUUGAUGUAUUUUCUUCAAUAACUGCUUGUAAGGAGCAAGUGGAACCGGAAUCGGAGGCGUCAAGGGAGACUGUAGCACCUCUGGCCUCGUUCUGCAUUUGAGGCCUGCUCUAGCGAGGCCACCAAGCAGCCCAGGACGUGGGGACACCACAUUGCACCAUUGCAGGGGUGCAUGGUGCCGGUGCCCGCUGUGCCCGGCUCUAACCGCGCUGCACCAGCCGCYGAGUUGCGGGUUCACCAGAGGGGUCGAUUUACCCGCCGCCGAGUCCGUGCUCCCUCCAGGUGCCACUCCGGCUAUUUCAAGCGCUUGKUUUUUUGGUGUAUGUGUUGAUGGGUGAGGGUUUUUUCCCCUUUCAUAGAGAAAAGGAUUUAGCAAGUGGUUUGUGGAGGGUGAAUAUGCACAAUAAAUGUGUUUGCAUUGCAGAAA